CAAGCAGCCGAUCGAGUGAGUCGAUCCAGAGGCAUGUCACUUCAUGGACACAACGGCUCCGGCCAUGCAACCGGAGCUGCCGCAAAAGACACUUCGCAUAAAAGCCUCCUCAAAGUCGGUAUGGAAACCCCUAGGGCUCGGCUCGAUCUUAGCAGAUUAAAAAAGACCUCCAGUAUCUCCAGGUUCCUUCAGGAUGAAGAAGACUUGAUAUUAGCGCGGAUCAACGGGCUCACCCGAAAGCAUCGACCUGGCAACACUGAUAUGCUGAAAGCCAGAAACUCUCUCAUCCCGAUACCCUCCACUACCACGUGCAUUUCAGGUUAUUGUACAAGAAAUCCGACUGGGAUACAAGCCAAAACUCUGAGGGAAAGGGAGAAACAUGGCCGCUCAAAUUGCAAGGGACUAAAGAGAAUAGUAAAGUCCCCUUGUCAGCUGUCACCGAAGACAGUCCAUGUUCUCUUUACUCUUCUGAAUCACCCAAUUUGGUCAACGUCAAUCGCUCCGAGCAGGCAUUGGAUGUUGCCCAGCCUCUGGACUUCAAUUCCGCCUGGAUCACCCACGUCAACCCAACAGACCCAAUCAGUAGUUGCCCAUGUCGAUGUUGUGGAAAAGUCAGAGUCAUCAUACUAUGAUAGUGGAGUUGUUGGCAGCCAUCCAUGGUACCCACCAAACGCCCGAACUUCAUCGUCAGUCACCUCUGUUACUUCAAUCAAGUCAUUGCCGAGGUAUACACGUCCCACCAGCCACACAAUGGGCUCUUCAAUCACCGAUGUCGCACCUUUUCUCCCCUGUGAGCUCGCCUGCUGGGGCAUCUGCAACAAAAGCUUUCCCAUUGAUCAGACAGAACCAUGGACAGACCACAUCGUCGAAGCUCAUCUCAAGGACAUGUUGCCAGCUAAGGCUUGCUGUUGGUUCUGUGAUAGCACCGACUUCGACGCAACGGCACCUCACCGAGACCGUAGAUGCUGGAAUUUCGACCCACCCGACCUUGGAGUCAACUUCACGAUGCGCAUGGAACAUAUACGGGAACACAUUCUGACCAAUGCCACAAGCGUUCGGCGUAUCAAACCUGAUUCCUGCCUUCUGGAGCACCUCAAUGAGCAUGGCUUGAUGGCCCCAAGGCCUAUGCGACAGCAAAAAGAGGCAACAAUAAAGAGGGAGGAUAUAGUCCAAGAGCAGUACCCUCAACCCGAGCCUUCGCUGCUAGCCGAACAGACAGAUCCAGAAGUCUCCAGACAGACUGCAGGCAAUGAUAACGGCGAGGCAACGCCUCAGCACACUGCAGGCUCGAGCCAACCAUCUCCUACAUCCCGAAAGUCGAGGAAAGUGAGGAAUGGGAAAGAGGCGGUCAAUGGAGAUCAUUGUGAUGAUGAGAACGAUGAAGAAGCCCCUGAACGCAAGAAACGCAAGUCCGACAAAAAACCAAGAACUGGAGAACCCAAAUUCGCUUGCCCGGCCGUUGGAAAAGGCAAAGAGAACUUGCUCAACGGGCUCCUGGACCAUUCCCCGUCUAAAAAUUGCUUCCCUGACAUGGCAUCCGACCAAACAAUAUCGCCCUACCCCGAUUAUUUUGGCCAGUAUACCCAUUACGAACAAUCACAUGGUUUCCAAAAGGUCGAGCAGCCUAAAAUCUUCAGGGAGCUCCUGGACCCAAGCGUUGGUUAUUAUUUCCCUUGGGAGACCAGGCAGUUUACCGUGGGCUUGGUAGAGAAGUCAUUGCUCAAAUUCCAAGAACGGUUCGAGGCGUCGAUGCGUCCCGCAGUGGCUGCUCUGCCCAAUGACCCCAAUACCCAGCGCAACGAGAAGGUAACAGUGGCUCCGCAGGAUGCGAUCAACGAGGAAUCUGCAGACUACAUAAGCCGAUACGCCGUUCCACGCCGGCUGAGGUUCCAAACUUCGCCGCGGCCCGCAGAGGAAACAACCGGAGAGGACACCAGCCCAGGCAUGGUGGAUACGUCUCUGGCGAAGACAUAUUUUCCGCCUUCGGGCACGACUCUGGUUAUGUCUCCAGCUGGUCUCAUGGGAUGCACUAGAGGGACCUAGCUUGAAAGUCGGAUGAUCUGGAUCAAUUCUUGCGUAUCAACG